CAUAUAUUCAAGCAAUUAUGUAUUACAUUGAUAAUCUCUCUGAAGUUGUAUAGCAUUUAUCCCGGUACGUUACUUGGUAUUGGUAAGAUGAGUAUUUUAGCCACAUCAACCACAAACAAAAGAUUGGAAGGGAAGGUCGCAAUAGUGACAGGUGGAGCGAGUGGAAUUGGUGCAAGUACGGUAAAACUGUUUUGGGAAAACGGCGCUAAAGUUGUAAUAGCAGACAUUGAAGAUGAGCUAGGCGAAAAACUGGCAAAAACUCUCAACAACAGCAAUAACGAUAACAUCAUGUACUUUCAUUGCAACAUCUGUAUAGAAGAAGAAGUCCGCGACCUUGUAGACUACACAGUCUCCAAGUAUGGUAAGCUAGACAUAAUGUAUAACAAUGCAGGCAUAAGAGACAAGCCUAGAUCAGGUUCGAUUUUGGACUCAACUCAAGAAGAUAUGGAUCGGGUCCUUAAAGUAAACCUAUAUGGUUCAUUCUAUGGAGCUAAGCACGCAGCUCGAGUCAUGGUACCACAAAAGGAGGGUUGUAUAUUGUUCACUUGUAGUGUUUGUACUUUAAUAGGAGGAAUAUCAACUCACCCUUAUACUAUGUCUAAGCAUGCCAUUUUGGGAUUGGCAAAGAAUUUGAGUGUUGAACUUAAGCAACAUGGUCGCAUAAGGGUCAAUUGUAUCUCCCCAUCGGGAGUAUUUACUGGCAUGGCACCACGCCUUAGUGGGGCUAAAGGACUACUCACGACCGAGGAUGUUGCUAAAGCGGCUCUCUAUCUAGCUAGUGAUCACGGUAAUUUUGUGAAUGGACAUAAUCUUGUUUUAGAUGGUGGGUUAAGUGCUAUGACUUCUUUAAUUGGAUUGGCUUUCGGUUCAACUUUCACUAACUAAUAAGCCCUUAUUUCUUAUCAUUACCGCUUUUUUGUUUUAUUAUCUUCUUAUACUUCGUAUUAAAAAGCCGAAGGAUUGAAAAAAUAAAAAUUGCGUAAUUUUUGUUUCAAUUUCACCCCUUCACCCCUUUGUUUAUU